UCCGUGGAAUGACCUUAGCAUGUACAAAUAAGCACUUACAUCCCAGUCGGAGAUUCCAAUGUCCAUUUUUGGCUACGCGAGAAGAUGACGCACUCGGACUCUUUUUGCUACCUUCUUUGCUCCCUUCACUGAACCUUAAGUCAUCUGCCUAUGGAAUCUAAUCCAGAAUCCAGGGACGACAUGGAAAAAAUUGUUAUCGAGGAGAGAAACAAACCUCCCUCUCAAGCUGAGGCUCGAAAAUGGGCGAAAUCUCACCCAAAUACCGCCUGCAAGAUAUGCAAGGAAAACAACCUUACUUGUAUACCCCUAGAAAGUCGCGUUCAUUGCAACACUCCAACCUGCAAAAAUAGUACGACUGGGCUGUGCAGUAGGUACGAUGAUGCGCUGUUUGAAAGGCUUGUCAAACGGUUUCCUUCGCUCGAACGAUCGACAUUUGAUGAGAUCCUAUCUCGAUUGCCGCCCCUUUCAUUCCCAGAUGCAAAUUCAACUCCAAGUACUUCAUCGGCACAGGACUCGGAGCUGCCCAAUAAGCGCGGUGUUAUUUCAUUCAAACGAAAGACGCCUCCGACAAAUUCAGUUCCUGAUUCUUCAUCCGAAGUCGCGCGGUUACCCCCAAAUUACAACCCUUACGCGUUUUAUCUUGAAUAUCCAACACAUUCAGCGGGGGCGUCAUUAGUUCGCAACCCUCAUCCAAGCUUCGAGAACCCUGAGAUGCAAGCACUGAAACAGACAUUAGAUGAUCAGAUGAAGGAAAAUGGUGUACUGAAGGCGAAGCUUGAGGAGACAAGCUCUGCAGAGGCCAGUCUUAAAGAUUCAAACCAGAGUCUGGAGAAAGCGAAGGCGGAGGCGGAGGCGAUCAUUCAAAAUUUGCGCGAGGAACUGGAAAAGAAAGAUGCCAACUGUAAGGCUGCAGACACGCGCACACGUGAAGCAACAAUUCUGAGAGAAGGGAUAGAGAAAGGUAUCAUGAUUUUCGUUGAUCGGAAACAAAGUUAAUCACUGGUCUUAUAUAAAGCGUUGAGAGCGGAAUUGGAAGCAUCGAAAGGGCAGAUAGAGACGAUUCAGAAGCAACUUGAAGGUAGUUAUCAUC